AUGUCCCACCCCAGGCUGCUGCUCCUCCUCAUCCUGCUCGGAGCUGCCGGGACCGGCCGGGCCCUGAGCCUCUCCAACGCCGCCUCCAUCUUCAGCUGCCUCAACGCCGCCCUGUCGGAAGCGCAGAAGAUCCAUCCCGAGGAAAACGCCGUCCUGGACAAGCGCGGCUCCGAGUCGCCGUCCCUGGAGGAGGCGUCAGAGGAGGAGGCGGAGGAGGAAGAGCUGGGGAAAAGGACAUUCCCGGGGGACGGCCACUCCCCAUACGCGUCCCAGGCGCGGCUGAAGGGCAAGAGCUCGCAGAACCGGGCCAAGAGCGACCGGCACACCAAGGUCACGCUGUCGCUCGACGUCCCCACCAACAUCAUGAACAUCCUCUUCAACAUCGCCAAGGCCAAGAACUUGCGGGCCAAGGCAGCAGCCAACGCCCACCUCAUGGCCCAGAUCGGGCGGAGGAAGUGA